ACACACACACACACACACACACACUCUCUCUCUCUCUCUCACACACACACACACACACACACAAAGAGAAGAGGAAGGAGGCGGAGCAGCGCUGGUGUUUUUUUGCUCGCAGCAUAGCAGAUCGUGUUCACACUGACCGGCAGCAUGGCAGGAGAAAGCGAGGCCGAUCUGGAGCACCGUGAACCCGAGCACACACACACCAUCCGACAGCCUUUCCUCAUCGGGGUGGCGGGGGGCACUGCCAGCGGAAAGUCAUCCGUGUGUGGUAAGAUUAUGGAACUUCUUGGCCAGAAUAAAAUUGACCAUCACCAAAGGCAGGUUGCCAUCCUGAGUCAGGACAGUUUCUACAAGGUGCUUACCCCAGAACAGAAGGCCAAAGCUCUUAAAGGACAAUUCAACUUUGACCACCCAGAUGCAUUUGAUAAUGAGUUAAUAGUUAAGACUCUGUGGGACAUCAUGGAAGGAAGAACAGUUCAGAUACCAGUCUACGACUUUGUAACCCAUUCCAGGAAGAAGGAAACGGUGACAGUGUACCCGGCUGACGUGGUGCUGUUCGAGGGAAUUCUCAUGUUCUAUUCACAGGAAAUCCGGGAUCUCUUUCAGAUGAAACUGUUUGUGGACACAGAUGCUGAUACACGACUCUCACGCAGAGUCUUGCGAGACAUCAGUGAGCGAGGACGGGAUCUGGAGCAGGUCUUAAGUCAAUAUAUCACAUUUGUGAAGCCUGCUUUUGAAGAGUUCUGCCUACCAACAAAAAAGUAUGCUGAUGUGAUCAUCCCAAGGGGAGCUGAUAAUCUAGUUGCCAUUAACCUGAUAGUGCAGCACAUCCAAGACAUUCUGAAUGGUGGCUUGACCAAACGACUGAACGGUUGUCUUAAUGGCCAUACUAUUCCAUCAGAGUCAAGCAGCAGGCCGCAUUGAUAUGCCCUACAAAGGAACCAGAGAAGUGUGGCAAGGGACUUGAAGGGGGAUUGGGUGUAUAUACUGGCAAUUUGCAAACUGUAUUUAAAACAAAACAAAAAAUCAAGAAAUGCCUUCAACUUGCUACAGUGUUAUUGGUUUUAUGUUUUGAUUUUUUUUUUUUUUUGAAUGAGUGCUGCACUUAUUUGUGAGUGGAAAAUGUUCCUUGCUGGAAAAAAAAAUUGGUCAAAGCUAUUUUCCUGUCCUAUUAAUUUGUGCAUAUUUACCCAUCUGGCCCCAAAUUAUGAGUGUUUCUAAACUAUAAGAUAGUACGGGUCACUUCAGAAUUUGCCAAAGGGACAUAGCUGGUAAAGACCUGCACUGAAUUUUAUGACUUGAAUAGAACAACAAAAAAAAUUACAUAUUUUCAAGGUUGAAGUACAACUUCUGCCUCUUUGUAGUACAAUAAUAUUAUUGCCUCCAAAGCAUUUACAGCCCCUUCGCUCUAUGUUAGAGUUUAUUUGAAGAGCAACAUGACUUUAUUCUAAAGGAAGGAAAGCUUUUUUAUCCUUCAUUUUUGCUAACAUCCAUCUUCAUUAUAAGUAGGUCAGGGCUUGCAUUGUAUCUUGCACUGUCAAAUAAAGCUCAAUGGCAUGUUCUGAACAGUAUGUUAACAUGACAGAGAUGCUCGCGUAUAGACAAAAAAAAGUUUGGAUGUUCUCCAGGUCCUAUGCAGCAUGUGGAAAGACAGAUUCUCUUAACACAGCUUAAAAUAUAUGCAGAUGCAGUAAAGAAACCAAGAACUCACAUGACUGUCUUUGCUCUACUGUAUUCGAUGUAGUGUUUUCACACCUUUCAAAUGACGCUCAGAGGCAGAUGAUAAAUUGCAAAAAUGCUGAUUUUAUUGAGUACAGAUCAUUAUUGAGUUCUUUUUUUUGUCAGCUGCAAACAUAAAGCACACAUUAUGAAGGCGCUCCACUCAGUUUGUAUUUUUUUUUAACAACAGAUUUUGCCACAGAUACUUAUUUUAUCAUUUUGCGGAAGGAAAUAGCAGCUUCACUUUUCUCUCUAACUCAGGAUCCCAUCUUUAUGCAUGGGAUUUAUACAGGGACUUAUGCAUUUGACCAGUGACUUUCCUUCAUUUUCCUUUUAUAAGGGCUCAUCAAUACUUAACUCUCUUCUGAGAGUAUAAUCUAGUCCUGACUAUCACAGAGUUUGUAUCUCUAAUACUUGUUUAAUAUUUAUUAUUUUUCAAAAUCGCAUUACUCACGGAAUUAAGUCAUGACUGUAGAUGUCUUUGCAUUGUCCAAUCUGUCCUGGCGUACACUUUCUCCAUGUUUUUCCCCUGCUACACUUCUACAUCUACACUGCUGCUAUGGUACAGGGUAAUUGGUAAAUGGCUGAACAGUGUAAUGCAAAUGUGUUAUCAAAUUGAAGUGGUUGUGUAAGCCAGUGAAUUUAUAUUUAAUUGUUAUUUUAGGAGGCUGCAGUUGGAUUAAAAAAUGUGCCCUGUUCUCAGGGCUAAAUAGAGAAUCAUUACUUUGUGGUAUUAAAAGAACUGUUUCCUAUCCCUAUUAAAUACAAGUUGUGUAAAUAACUCUGUUUUUGACACUGUUUCAUGUAUAACAUUUAAUGUCAUGACAAACCAGUAUGUUCUGACCUUAAUCAUGAAUUACCAACUGCCUCCUGAUGGAUUGUGCUUUAGUCACAAAUACUAAUGCAAAACAAACAAACAAACAAAACAUUAGUAAUAUCCCUUAAUAAUAUAUGCCUGUGGUUGAGUCGGUGAAGUUUCUCAGACACCAGCUGUAGUCAAUUGCAAUAUACCUUAUAACAGUUGCAUUUUCAAUUUCACUAUCUUGCAUUUUCAUUUCAAAUCAUGCAUAAUAAUUUUGCAAUAAUAAUUUUAUUUCAGUUUGAUUUCACUACAGGGAUAAUCAAUUUAUGCUGGAUAACUCUGUCAGUUGUUCUUGGGGAAUGCAUUCAUUGACUUACUUUUUUUUUUUCUUUCCCCAGAAUAUGUACAAGUGUAUGUAUACAUGUGAUCAUCAAACUGGAGAUGUAAUGAUUCAGACAGUUAGGAAACUUGCAGCAAAUGGACCAGGUAUGACAGCAGUGCAAGUGAAGAGUUAAAGGACUGUUUUGAUGAAGGAUUGUGAAUAUCUGGUCCUACAAUCAGUCAGUGAGAUAGAUUGAUAUUGAUAGAUAAAUGAACACUAUUAUAAUAUUAAUAAUGAGAGAUAAGAUGGGCCAUGUGUUUGCACUUCUUUGCAAUCAUCUCAGUGUUUCACAAUGUAUUGCAAUUUAAAGAAAUGAAUAAACCGAGGUAAGACGGACGAGAAAAUAAAAUUUUGUACGAUA